CCAUGUAUACCGAACGGGAUAUGAUCGGUAUGCUCAGUGGUACAUGAAGCGCUACGGUCUUAAACGCGAGCAACUCGCGAUGGUGCCGGUACUCAUGAGCUCUAUGGCGGCGCGCCAUCCGGACGCCAUGUGUCGUGAGCCUUAUAAACUGGACGAGGUGCUGCGCUCACGCCGGAUUGCCCCAGUCACCAACCUGCUGGAAUGUGCACGGCGUGCUGACGGCGCCGUGGCGCUGAUACUCUCGAGUGAAUCACACUACGCACGUUACUUUGCACGGAAAAAAUUAGAUUCGUCAAAACCGGUCGUAGUGAGUGUCGGCGAAGCCUCCGGUCCGCUUUUUCCACCCGCCAUUGAAAACAUCACACCCGAACUCUUUUCCUGCGAACGGGCGGUCAAAUUUGCGCUUGGCGCCGCGCAGUUGGGCAUUCAAGAUAUUGAUUUUUUUGGUCUUUAUGACUGUUUUCCGAUUUGCCUGAUUCGCGCGAUUGAGGCGGUGGGCCUCUGCCCGAUUGGGAAGGGCGGGGAGUUCGUGGAGGCCGCGUACAGUGAAAUGAUGAAGAAUCAGGGCGUCAUUGAGCCGUCACAGCUCCGCAUCAACACGCACGGCGGGUUGCAGUGCUUUGGUGCCCCAUGGGAGGUUCCCGCGAUGUACAACGUCACGGAGGCCAUCGCACAGAUGGCCUGCAGCGCUGGGAAUCGCCAAAUAUGGCCGGUACCGAAGCGAGCCAUGGUGUAUGGUAACGGAGGCAUUUUCUCCGCGUCCUCCGUCGCCGUGCUGGGGAAUGGCGUCUAUUAA